GCAAGAUGGCGGACGAACGCAAGGAAAGAAGAACUGUUGUAGAGCGUUAUUUUACUCGAGGUUACAUGACAGAUAUAAAUGGAAACCCAGGAGAAGACCAAUGUGUUCUGCUACAUUCAAAUAAGAUAUGUGUUAUUACCAUUUCACCCCAACACCCAGCAGUCAAAAACGGGUCAAAAGUAACCGAUAUUAACUUCCAAGUCAGCCUCAAAGUCAACAGGCUUGAUAGUAAAGCUGUUGGCAAGUCUAAGAAGGGAGCUCAAUGGCUAAUGCCUGAUUCACCUCUCUGUGAAAUUUCUUGUUCUGAUGGAAAAAAAUAUAUCUUGAAUAGUUGUAUGAAAGGCAAACUUAUUGAAAUUAAUGAAGAAUUGAUCAUGAAUCCUGGGAUCAUAAAGUCAAAGCCAGAAACAGAAGGAUACAUUGCAGUAGUUCUGCYGAAAUUGCAAGAAGUUACUCUUUAUUUUGAUAAACUACAUACCCCAGAACAAUAUAACAAAAUACUAGAAGAAAGAAAAAUUGUGAGCAAUGACACUGGAGAGGAAUCUGAUGAAGUAAAAAUUACCUCAGAAGUCACAUGAAUAAUGGACUGAAAGAAAUAACAUCAAAUAUGGUAAAAGAUUUGUGCGGCCCUGUAGUUCUAKUCAAUCUGUACCGGUAGGUCAUACAAUGACUUCAUCAACAACCAAGUCAGCAUCUUGUCAGCUCAAAUACAUCAGCAUAACUCAAAACAAUGAUGGGAAAUACGAGUCUCAAGAUGACAGCGCAAAAGUUUUUUUUUUUUUAUUGUGUCGCGCCGCCAUCUUCAAGGCUUUCGUUCUCAUCAGGGAAUAAAAAAGCUACAAAACACAUCAAAAUCUGMAUGAAAAAUUCUCGUUUUUUGUAGCUUUGAAAAUUACCAAUAAAAUAUCCGUUAAAAAUAACGAUUUUUAUAAUAGUAUUGUUUUCGAAGAUUCCUUUUGCUUCAUGAGUUGUCCCCGAAAAUAUAUUGGCCUCGUUUGCUUUAUUUUUUGCUUUYAGUUAAUUUUUAGACAAUUGCUGAAUAUGCGCUGGCUUACUGAGCUCUUUCUGGUUAACAAGUAAGAGCCACUAGGGUCCCAGCCAGGCUCUGAGGUCGAGCUGGAGUGGAAACUACCAAAGCGCGCGCAUUUUAUUGACGCAUUUGACGUCAUAAACACUGCGUCAGUCGCCUCUGGUUUAGAUCCGGCCGGCAACCACAUAGCCGGGAUGGUUUUGUGGCAGGCCAUCAAAAGUCUUGAAAUUCUCGACAAACCAGAAUCGAUAUUCAAUCGACGCUUGGCAGCCAAUCCUUACUACCCAUUCCAGAAGGACCACGAAAAGAGUAAGCUUAUUUUUAAUUCCUUUUUUUUAAUUUCCGUUAGUUUUCUUCCGCGUGCGCGUCUUGCGAAAGUUCGACAUUUCCGGAUUUUUCAGCCCAUGAUUUUUUGAAAAAAAUUGAAAAAAUUAUUGAAAUCUAAACUUCUCUUUCUCAUUGAACAACAACCUGAAAUGA